CCAGCACUAAUAUAUAAAUAUACAUUUUUAAAAUGUAUGUGUAAAAUGUUUUCAGGAGGUGCUGUCUUCAACUCUUAAUUUCAUUGUAUGUAGGAAAAUACAAUGACAAUAAAGGCGUUCAAUUUAUAUAUAUAAAUAUAAAUAAAAAAUAUAUAUGCCCAUAAAUGUUUCUAAAACGCAUACAUGAAUGUGUAUUUAUAUAAACUGAAUACUUACACACAGGAAUCACAUAUAUAUGCAAACACAACUUUUAUUUUGUAUACGAUUAAUCACGAUUAAUUGAUUGACAGCAUAAAAUAAUGCAUACCUGUGGAACAUUUCUCAACCAAUCAAAAUACAGCAUCCAACAGCCCUGUGGUAUAAUAAAUAAUAAUGUAAACCUUACACUUUUAAAACAGAUGUGUUAAAAACAACACAUUCUGUGUCAUUAUUGGAACAACACAUUUUGUGUUAUUUUUAACACAAUUUGUGUUGUGCAUUUCAUUUAUUUUAACACGAAAUAACACAUAAAUGUGUUAAAUGGCAUGACACAAACUAUGUGUAAAAAAUGAAUAAUUUUUUAGAGUGUAUAAUUCAGAGUUAGUCUCUUUGGAUAAAAGUGUGUGCCAAAUGCAUGAAUGUAAAUUAAAUCACAGAUUAAGCGGGUCAUCAAAGUUUAUUUUAUACUUGCAAACACAUUUUUUUCAUUUGCAGGGCUUGAAAUAUAAAAUUGUUACAAUAAUUUACUGUAAUGUGUUGUUGUUCUCAAUGAGCGUCAUUCCUCAAUAUUCCAAAGAAAAACUUCCAUCUGAAUGUAUUAAUGUAUCUUCAUCAUUACUCAAAUGACUUUCCUCAUCAUCUUCCACCCCAAUAAACUUUUAAAGCCCUCCUCCCUCCCUGUACUUAUUAAUAUUCUGAUUCCCUUAGAAAUAAAAAACAGCAUAAAUUCAUUCAUGCCAUACGUGAUUAGACUGAGCUCAAACUAAACUUUCUUACAAUAAAUCAGAGGAUUGAAAUAAAAACGGUCUGAAAUAUUCCAGUUAAUGUGUUUGGUUUAUAAGAGCAGGUGAAGUCAGACCGGAUCAUUGAACACAUCACGCGUCCUGCUGUGUCUUUACAGUGAUUGAUGUUUAUAUUUCUGUACACAAAGAUCAAAUAAAGAGUCAAAGGUCAAAUCAUUUCAUUCUCUCUGCUGUUUGGAAUUCUGUGAAUCUGUAAUUGGGAAUGUUGUGUUCGGCUCUUACACAAGAAAACAUGAAGCAGGAAUGUGUUGAAGAAUCUGGAGCGUGUGUGUGUGUGUGUGUGUGUGUGAGAGAGAGAGAGAGAGAGAGAGAGAGAGAGAAUGCAUAAGGGAGAUUCCUCUUAUUCUCUCCAUCCUAUUUUACACAUGUAGAGAUUCACUCACUUCCUGUGGGGACAAAAUUAGCAUCGUAAAACAGAGGCGGACCCAUGAGACCUCCCACAACACACACACACACAUACUUUCUGGUGUGUGUGUGUGUCUCUGUGUACAUUUGGCACAUAUUUUGUCUUUGUAAUUAUUUUAUAUGGCAAAAUACUUUACAGCAAUUAUUUCAGUUUUGUUGUAAAUAAAAUGCUGUCAGUAAAUCCUGCGUGUGCAUUAUUUUUUAUAUAUUUUGAAAAGCCAAAUCAUUUGCUUGGCAUUUGCUAAUUUUGUCUGUGCCGUAUCUUAACAGAACUGGAGGAGGAUGAGUGUUAAAUCCAUACUUGAGUUUGUGUGAAGUGAGUUGAAGAGACAGAAGAUGUUUAAGACUGCUGGAGCGAUUGGAGUCUGUUCUGGGAUCAGAAGUCACACCCGGAGAGCCCCAGGUCCCGUCUGCUCGGUGUCAGGGCGCGUGACCGAUACUCUGCUGAACAGAACAACUCCGAACACAAGAGAAAUAUGAACAAACGCUCAGGAUUGAUCUAAAUGUCCAGUGGGCAGCUAGCAGAAAAACACGUCAAAUGGACCAGAAGAACUCCACGAAAGCAUCUUUGUAGUGGAGCAAUAUCUCACGGGCGCGCGCGCAGGCAGAUGCAGAUGGAUAGAGUUUAAUGCAGAGGUGCAUUAGAGAUGCGCGCUCAGAGCAGAGGGGAGGAGGCUCUCUAAACUCGCACAUUGUCAUGCAAACAGAGACCACCGCCUCGCCAUUGUCUCGCGGCCAGCAACUUUAUUAUAAACACACCACGACCCGCCCGGGCGCAGCAGAGCACCGGCUCACCGACACCGACGGGACGCACACUGGAUACUGCGCGCUGACAAGACACCAGCCCAGAGAAGAGAAGAGAAUAUACAGCUGGAUCUGAGAGUAGAGACACAUACAGGACACCCGUGACGCUCCGUUAUUACUGUUCACCGAACCGACGGCAUCUCGAACCCGGAGCACCUGGCGUCUCCAUCCGUCCUCCACAUGUACAAAAUGGAUUACUCGUAUCUGAACACUUAUGAUUCGUGUAUGGCGGCGAUGGAGGCGUCUGCGUACGCGGACUUUAACUCGUGCAGUCAGACCAACACGUUUCAGUACAACCCCAUCCGGACCGGCUUCGGAUCGAACCCGGGAUGCGCACCGCUCGCCUCGGCCAGCUGCACACUGGGCGCGCUGAGGGAACACCAGCCAGCGCCUUAUUCCACAGUGCCCUAUAAGUUUUUUUCGGACCCGUCCGGACUGAAUGAGAAGCGCAAGCAGCGGCGGAUCCGCACGACCUUCACGAGCGCGCAACUGAAGGAGCUGGAGCGCGUGUUUGCAGAGACGCAUUACCCGGAUAUUUACACCCGAGAGGAGCUCGCGCUCAAAAUCGACCUGACUGAGGCCCGAGUACAGGUUUGGUUCCAGAACAGAAGGGCCAAAUUUCGCAAGCAAGAACGUGCAGCCAAUUCUAAAGCAGGAGCGCCUGGCAGCAGUUCCAGUAGCAAAAAAUCUGGAGAGAACCGUUCUUCAUCUGAUGAUGACGAGUCCAAGGAACCCACCUGCAGCCCGACACCCGACAGCACGGCGUCUCUCCCCAGCUCUGGAAACAUGGGGAGCCCUGGGGCGAGCAGUCUGAGUCCCAGCCCGGUCUCUGGUUCUUCCUCCACCUUCACCAACUCCUCCAUCUCUCCUUCUAUCCAUCAGGGUCUCAAGACCUCACCGUGGCCCAGCAUCGGGUCCGGAGCGGGCGGCGUCACCCAGAGCCCAGACCUGCUGAAAGCUUGGCAGCCCGCAGACAGUAUGGCAGCCGGUCCGUUUGCUGGGGUUCUGUCUUCAUUUCACAGGAAACCGAACACAAUCAAGACCAACCUCUUCUAGAGACUCGGCUUCAUCUGAAUGUCUCUCUCUCUUUCUCUCUGUCACUUCAUCUAUUCUUGCAUUCAUUUUUCUCUUUUUUUGUUCCGAGCUGGACUCCUGUUCUUUAAUUUAUUGUCAUGUUUAACUUGUGAGCGCUUCAUGUAUGUGUGUGGAUAGAUUUUGUUGUUCAUGUCAUAUUUGGGACUGUGUGAUAUCUCUUCUUCUGUUUUACAGUGCAGAAUUUGUCAAACCAUAGACGCCUUACAGAUCCACCGCUUAAAUGAAAGCAUUUUUACUUGGAUCGAGAUUCAUUUGUUCAACUAAAGAAACAAACUGAAGUGUGUGAAGGAGAUCUCAGAUGUUUUCAUUAAUGAUCAAAUGAUUUGGUUUCUCAGUCCUGAAUAUAAAGAGGGGCUUGUUGCCAGAUCUCACUAUAAUAACUCAUUCAUUCAUUCAUUCUCAUGAUGUGUGUGCAGGAUCAGUGCUGUGUCAUCAUGCAGAUCUUUAUUCAAGCUCUCAAGGUUUGUCUUGAUGCGGUUCAAACUGUGUGCGUUUGUUUGUUUUGUUUGUGUGUGACCCCAAAAACAAGCCUAGUCAAGCCACUUGUAGUUAUUUAUUAAAAGAAAAAAAAUGUUGGGAUGGUCAGAAGAUUUUUUUAAGCCUUUUAAAAUGAAACAAACAUAUUUUGUAAAUAUUAAUAUAAAUACUCUGUAGUUUCUUUUAUUUUUUAUUUUUAAGGUAAUCUGGCUCAGUGCACGCCAUGUGUUUAAUGAAUGACUGCUGUAUAUAAUCUAGACAAAUAAAGAGCAACAAAAACAA